AUGGUUAGCUACGACGAGCUUUCGACGUUGAUCGGAAAAUGUCCAGAAUUGGCUAUCGUGCGGCGCUUUGGCCAGCUGGCUGCCCAAGUGACUCAUCGCAUGCAAGCGGAACUUCUGGAACUCGAGCAUGAUCUGAGAGUGUUGGGGAAGUUCGAAAUGCAGCGCCCAGAUUUGCGUGGGCACGCAAAGUCAUGGGAGAAAGUAAAUGAGGCGAUCGAUGCCGGUGGACGGAGCGUGCGCAAGGAGAAAAUCCUCGAGGCCGAGGAGAAGCUGGGGAGAUACUAUGAGUUUGUAUCGCGGACAGCAGCAGUGAUCAAACUGGGAAGUCCCGACUCCUGCGACAUUGACUUCCUCCGUGCCUGGCUUCGAGACGAGAAAUGUGGCAACAACUUCUUGAAAUUGUCCGCCAGCGUCGAGGCCACGGCAUGGGACGUAAACCACACUGGCGACCUCAUAACGCUGAACAAGAGACCCGACCGCUUCGCAGCAUGGGUCGCCAAUGCCCUUGUUCCACUGUACCAUAAGCGACUCGGUCAUCGCCUGCAGAGGAGAACCGAUGAGGAGUCACUCGGCACUUAUUACGCCUAUGAUGACAAGAAGUUGGCCAUUCUGGGAAACGUGCUCUGCACCGUUCUUUCCACCAUGGUACCGUCGUCCUCGAUUCUUGUUCUUUACUACGUGAAGAGCAUGUUAUCUCGACUGCUGCUGAUCAUAGGUUUCAGUUCGCUAUUCUCAUUAAUCAUGGGGUUUGUCGCACAUGGCAGGCGAUAUGAAAUUUUCGCCGCAACGAUUGCAUUUGCUGCUGUUCAAGUAGUCUUUGUGGGAGGGGUCACUGCCGGACCGCGCUCUAGCAAUUGA